GGGGGCUUUUGGGGGAAUAACCGUAUUUAGAUGUUAGGUGUUGCUGAUUGGGUAGCGUUGAUAAGGUAGUAAUUUAUAUAUUGAUUUAAUAUUUCACAUUAAAACUAUUCGGAUUACAUGUCCACACGGCAAUACAACACCCUCUCAUUUUGUAUCAUGCCGUGAAACCAUUUAUUUUUACAUGUCGGUGGAGAAUCUGGAUAAUUGUUACUUUAGUCUACUUACACAGGAACUGGACGUGUUUAAAAAAAGAAGACAUUUAAACUUAACUCCAAUAACUGUUAGCAUUUUAAAGUUGUUUUAAAAUGUCGUUGAAAAACGGAAUAUCACUGUUUUAAAUUUAAAUAAACAAGUACACAUAUUUUUUAUAUGUUUUUAUUCUUCUAGUGAAAAUAUUUUUACCUUUAAGGCACAUACGAAAAGUUAAUUUAUGCAACAUCUUUUUGUCUUAGUUAGGCCAUUUGUGGCAAAAAUAUACGUUACUAAAAAGACGAAUAAAAUUUGAUUUUAAGCAAAGCACAUAUUUAUUAUUUGAUUUGAUUUUUCAUUUAUAACUUCAAAUCAUUCAGUUAUUUUAAAUAUUAUUUUUUCUUUUCAAUACAAAUUUAAAAUUUAAGUAAUUACUCAUUGUCGGCCAUCUUAAGGAAAUGCCCAUUUAUGAAUCAACUGAAUCAAAAUAUUGCUUUAACUAUAAACAUUCCCGUAGAUCAUAAAAAAACAAUUAUAGACGUUUAGCAAAUGGCUACUGGCCGAAAAUGGAGUUCAGACGAUUCUGACAACAUUAGAGAAGAAGCUGACACAGACAUGGAGCAAACAGCUACUGUGAUAACCGUAAAGGAGGUGAAAACUGUAGGGAUAAACAGCUUAAUGACUAAAGAGACGCUGCAACGAGCACGUGGCACUAAAGAGUUUCAGAUAAGAACUACAUGCAGAGGCAAGGAGAUAAUAACCGGAGUCAAAAGUGUGACCCAAAAUGGUAAGAAAUUCGAAGCGUUGUGUCGAUUCAAGGAUUAUGUGUAUACUUAUCUUUAUCGCAUUGAACUCAAUGUCUAAGGAAUUUUAAUGGGCAAUUUAUGUGUGCCUUUCUAAACUUUAUUAUAUUUGUUUUCAAGUUAUCAUGAUGAAGAGUUCUUUAUUUAUAGGCAAACAUUUUGAUUGUGAAAUACACGUUAACAUUUUCAAAUACUAACAAUUGUAAAUGAGUAAAUUAAAAAGAUGUAAUAAAAUAUGUCUUCACUUUUUUUAAUAAAAAAAAAAUGCAAAUAAGCGAAACAAAACAUUUACAUUCUUUUUAGAAAUGAUAAUAAUUAAACGUUCUAUAAGGGAUAUUAUAUUAUUUAUAAAUUACGUCUCUUUUUAUGCCUUAUGACCUGAAGUCUUCAUUCUUAUUCAUUAACACAAAAACAAAUUGUUUCAGGUGAAUGCUCAGGAUAUGAAUUUUUCAAAGGUUAGUUGAUUUAAAAGAAAAAAAAAACACACAACAAACCAAACAAACAAGGCAAAUAUUUUGAUUGUGAGUUAGCCGUUAAACAAAAUUAAAUGCUAAUAAUUUUAAUUGGUAAAAUAAAAAGAUGCAAUAAAAAUAGAUCUAUAAUUUUUUAUUUAAAAAAAAAUGGAAAUAAACAAAACGAAACAUUUAAAUUCCUGAAAUGACUAUUGUUAAACGUUCUAUAAUGUAAACUAUAUUAUUUAUAAAUUACGUCUCUUUGAAUACCGUAUGAUUUGAAGUCUUUAUUCUUACUCAUUUUUGUUAAAAAAGUUGUUUCAGAUGAAUUAUCAAAAUUGGAGUUUGUCGGAGGUUAGUUCAUUUAAAUACAAAAACAAACCACUUAUUAUACAUUGAAAUCAUUGUUAUAGCAAAUUAAAUAUUAUGUACAGCUUGCUUCUGGCAACAGCGAAGAUGAUUUCAUUCUGAUAGAGCAGGGGUCUCCAAACUUUUCAGCCCGAGUCCCGCCCUUAACUAUCAAACUGCAGUUCGGGGGCCGAACAAACACCCGAGGUCCACAAUAGAACAGAACAAAAAAAAAAAAGAAUCAAAACAUAGAUAUUCUAUUUAAUUAUGUAUUUAAUAAUAUUUUAUUCCGUUAUUAUUUAAUCACACAUCGAUACACUACACAUGAACACCUGUAUUAGUGGGAAUGGGGAAAUUGUUUCCAUGAUGCCAAAGUAGCAGACGUUUCUGGCUUUAGAUUUGAUGUGUCUAACAUAAACAGCGACCUGAGAUUAUCAUCGGGCAAGUUUGUUCUCAAAUUGCAGUUGUUUACGUAUUUCCUUCUUAAAAAAUGUUUGUUCACACAGGUUAGUCGUUCCAAAGAUUGAAAGGUACAUUGAUGCAAAAGGUUUGACAUUAAGAAAGUCUUCAUUGGGCAAAAACUGGUAAAAACUCUCCAGUCUUUCUUUUCAAUUGUCUCUUGGAAGGUCAUUUGCUUGCAACUCAGUGACCUCCAGAUGCACUUGAUCUGGGCAACUAGCCACAUCUGCUUCAAAUGUGUUUUGAAACAGUCUCACUUCUUCUGCCUUUGAAUCCAAGUCAGAAAACCGCUGUUGAAUCUGAAGCUGCUGCACUUAGAUCUCGCAUACAAAUGCCAUGAGGGAACUCCGCUGUGCUUCAGCCAUGAAGACCUUUGUUAUGUAGUACACUUUCCUCGUGCUUGAACUUUGUUUCACCCCACAUUAGAGUCAUAGCAGACGUUAGCGUUUGUUGUGGGCGUUGCUUAGUUUUUGAUGUAUUAUUUUUACUACCGAAAACCAAUUAAACAUGUUUAGUAUGUCUCCUAGUAUAUUGUUGAAGGUUCUUGAUUUGCCGAGAAACGUAAAAGAAAAAUGCUGAGUGGCUUCUGGAAGGCAGUGCUUACGCUGCAUAUAUAAAGGGCUUGACAGACACGUAGUGAGACGGAGAUUGAUAGACAUUUUUAACUUCACGGGACGUGUAUUAUUCUUUGUGUGCUCAUAUGUGUUUAUUCGCAUUCUUCAUUAUUAAUUGGCACAUUGUACUAAUUGUGUACCGGUACAAGAUUUUUCCGUACUCUGUAAGUUGAUGAUUUGUAAUUAUAAUUCUUUUGUUGUGUAAUUUUAUUAUUACUAAAUUAAAUCUUACUAAUUGUAAUUGGCAACUGUUUUUGCGUGUCGUCACUUUAUUAUCGUAUUUCUCUAUGGUAUCGUCCUUUGUUGUGCACUGUGUGAACGAGCCAUAACUUAAAACAAGAGAUUAAUUUCACGCAUGCGACCCUCGGGCCGUAGUUUGGACACCCCUGUUAUAGAGCUUUGAUGAAAUAUUUAACAUUAUAAAUAUUAUAUACCAAUAUAAAAUUUGUGAAAUCCACUAUACAGCUUAAAAUUACGUUAAAUGUGAACAUGCUGUAAUUAACGUUAAAAAUAUUUUUAUACCUCAACUGGUCAAUCCGUCUUUAAACAGACUGGUAGAAAAUAAUGUCUUUUUUUUAAAAGACUGUAAUAUAUAGAAAUGAUAAUCUUACAAAAAUUCAUGAUUUCCUUAUUAGAUUUUAUGUACAGAUGUAAUAUUGUCAUUUACACUUGUAUGAUCAUUACAGUUUAGCUUCUCAUUGAUUUUAUUUGUUUAAUAGAUGGCAUUAAUAGGCAGUCAAACUGGAAAAGGGGAGAACACAUCGGUUCAGGUGCAUUUGGAAAAGUUUAUGAGGUGAAAGACAGUUUUCUACACAGGAACUUAGCGGUAAAACAAGUCAUUGGAUGCCAACAAGAUAGUGACAAAGAAAAGGUAACCCAGAAGCAGAAAUUCUAUUGCACAACCGUAAAAUGUCUGAGCCUAAAAUUUUAAAUGAACUGAAAUCUGUACAGCAAGGUUGGCUAACCCAGAAAGCUUCAAAAGGCAAAUGUGCUUACGCGUCAACUUCUUUGGCCGCAUGCCCUUACAUCUAUAAAAUGAAAUAUAAAUUCCUAUUAAAUAAUGCACAUGCUAAUUUGUUUAUUAUUACCGGUACCCCGAAACAUAUUUUUUUACCCCGAGGCUAAUCCCCCCCCCCCUCUUUUUUGCACUCCUUCAUAGACUUUUAACAUUUCAAAAUGGUGAUAUAAAUUUAUAUAGGGAUAAUUUCAUAACAGAUAUAAAAUUUGAAAUAAUAAAUUUAAUAAAGGCCCUUAUUAUGAAAAAAAAAAGGAAUUCCGUUGAAAAAAUAGUCAAUUUAACAUUUGUAGAAAUAAUGUUUCCUCUUGAUACAAUUCAAAAUUAGAGCUUUUUAAAAUCAAUGGAAACAUUUUCCUAAUAUUCCCAAGCACAUUUUUGAGUUCUGAGAGAAGCUUGUGGAAGUUCAAGCUCAUAAAAACAUAUUAUAUUUGUUCUACCAUCUCUCAAUAUCAUGUGAUUGGUGUAGCUACAAUAUCACUAGAAAAUAUAUUACCCAGUGAUAGACAAAAUAUCUGGAGAAUCCGUACAAACCAGGAGCUAUUCAGAUUGUACAAAGACCACUCAUAGUCGCAACAAUAAACAAUGUCGGUCUACGUUGAGCUCGGCAUAUUGAAAUGAUGCUGCAAGGUAGAUCGGAGAAAGUGAUACACAAGCAGAAGCCUCGGGGCAGACUGCUCAACGGUCGUCCAAGACUGAGAUGAAUGGACAAUGAAGAGGGGGAUUUAAACCAGUUGCGUAGCUAGCGUGGUGUCACGCGGUGCGGUUAACUCAUGGUGCCACACCCCAAACCCCCAUCCCCCAACAAACUUCCAUGAUGGAUUUCUCCCUGUUCGAAUAAGUCCACAGUAUAACAAUGACAAGAACGAAAACGUGUACAUUGAUUGUCAUAAAAUGUAACAACUUUAAGUUGUAGUUAUUCUUACAUUAAAUACACUUUAUUUGAAAUUUUCUUUUUUCUGAUCUUCAAAUCUGCAAACUUGUCAAUCACUUGAGCGAAAUCAAUAUUGUCCUUCACUGUAUCACUUCCAAUUGAUAGCAGAGCCACACCACAAAGUCUAGAAAGUAACAUGGCGGAUCAUAAAUAUUUCUCAAUAACCCUUAGUUUUGAAAAUAUCUGCUCUCAUGAAGCCAAAGACACAUGUCACGUUCAGAUCGCGUGAGUUUUCUGUGUCAACUUCUAUAAUGUUAAUUUGACCAAUCGUGGGUGAGUUUAUUUUCCCCGUGUGCCCCACGAGUUUUUAUUUUUCUCGGUCAAGGUAUGACCGGUGUUCUGUGUCGGGAGGAACCACGUGAGAAUAACAGUGUGUGAGUUGUGUUUUUUAAGGAGUGAACAGUGGCGAGUGCUGUGGAUAUGGUGUAUGAUUUUUGUCUUGUGAAGGCAGUGAGUUUUUCUACGGAUGGAAGAGGACUUGUGUAACUUUAACUGUUUAGUAUAGUAUGUGGAGUUUUUUAUUAUUCUGAACACUAGAGCUUAUUUCUAAUAAAUUUUCCAUUGUUAGGCACACAUAGCCAAUAAAUAAGAAAACCUGAAUUUCUGAAUUGUUUGUUGAUACUUGGAGCAAGAGUCAGCUCUGUAGGAGCUGGAAAUAAAGGGGUUCUAGACCCUUGAAAAAUCGUUCUGUGGCUAGUACAGAAGGGACCGACCCCUAGACAACGUACGUCACGUCACAACACACAGAUCUUAAGAAACAAUUAAAGGCUUAGCGAUAGUAUUGGAAGAGAUUGUAAGAAGUCCAAUCCAGCUGUGAAUUGCAAAACAACAAAUACUGACCAGUCCAUGACUUUGUGAAAUUCAAUAUCAACUGCUUUUAGAUGUCUUCUAAGCCUUGGUAUUUACUUUAAAAGUUUAUCUUUUAAUUACUCAUCAUAGAAAGAAGUUGAUUUUGGAACGGACACCAAUAACUCAUCUUCACUUGCUGAUGCUAGACCCUUGGCUUGAACAGCCCCAAAAUAUUUGCUACUUUCUUGAUCGCUAAUGGUCUGAUCUCUGUCUUAGAAUGAAAGCGAUCAAUACACUCUAGCAUCUCCCUACAGUUUUGUUCUCACAGAAAGAGUCACAUAUCUAUUAUUUGUUCCACUGCCAUUCUCGUCUUAAACCUUAAUUUUAUAUCUAACAAAAUUUCAAAUUGUUCUGAUAUUAAAAGUGCUUUUCCAAUAGCAUGUUCCAACACGUGACAGCGCUUUUAAUGCAGAAACAUACUUAAGGCCUCUUGGUUUGUCACCAAUUUGUCACGAGUAAAGCCUUUAGUCUGCAGAUUAAGAGGCUGCGUAAAAUUAACUUCCUCAAGUAGAUCAGACCAAAGGUAAAGGUAGCAGAUAAACAUGAAAUCACAGACAUCAUGUAAAAGACUUUGUGAUGUAGCUCUUGUAUCCAAAGGCUCAAGAGGAUUACACAUAGCUUCAAUCGCCGUCAAACAUUCAUCAAACUCAUCUUUCUCUGUUUUAACAGCAGCAUCAUGAGCGUACCAAAUCAUUGUUGACAGCCUUUUCAGCUACAUUCCAGUGUGUUCAAUUAGAACAUUCAAUAGAUGAUUGGAUGCAGCAAAGAAGGAAAAUAUUCUUUCAAGAGUACCGAACAAUUUAAUACAUAAAGCAUUUUCUGCAAAAGAGUGUUGACUACAAAAGAUAAGCGAAUGGCACUGGCAUAUAUUAAAAAUUGCAUUCUUAUUAUUUCUUUUCAGAAUGUCCUUUACACGUUCAUGGCUUCCAGACAUUAUUAUGGCAGCAUUAUCGUAACCUUGAGCUCUGCACAUCAUUAUGUCUAAACCAUCACGUUUUAGAUUUGUAAGAAUGUCAAAACUAAGGUCAUCCGAUUUUUUCCCCUCACAACGGGAAAAAUCCAAGAAUGACUUCUUUUAUUUCAACUUUUUUUUUGUGGAUUUUCAAAUAUCUUUUACAUCAGUCAUCUGUUCAGUGUGUAAAAUAUCAGAUGCACUUUUGAACAUAAUUUAAAAAUACCGCACAGUCUUUAUAUCCAUGAUAAGAAUCUCCUUCACAUGAUUUGCAAGGACAUUUAUAAAUUCAUUUUGGGUCUCUGGUGAAAGGUAAUUCGCUUAUCAUUUUAUUGCACAUGUACUCAUAUAGGUGCUCUUUUAGCACUGGGUCAUAUUUAGAUUGCAUCUCAAACAUUUCAAGUAAGUUUCAGUAAAGAUUCAUAUUCGUCGUGGCCACGAAAAGCCAGAUUUUGCUUUGUAAGAAACCAUGUGAUAUCCAGAAACCUGUGCAGGAUAUCCCACCACUUUUGCUACCACCUGUUCAUCACAGCAAUACUUUCGGCAUUAAUUUUUUGUUUAUCUUAAGUCCUGCUGCCAAUGCUUUAAACUUUUCAAUGCAACAUAGGUGCUUUUCCGAUGCAUCAUGAUUUUAUAAUUUUGGACUCAGUUUCCACUACUUUUAAAGCCAGUAACAAAUUGAGAUGUUGUUUCUGUAACAUCAACAGCAAACAAUCUGCAGUAAAAACAGUACAAUGUCUGACUGACGAGUUAAUAAAACAUCCAUGACCGCAUUAUUUUUUCGUCAUUUUGCAUCGUCCUGUAGAUCAAUUAUUUUUUUAGUUGGCGCAAACCUACUUUAGAUUUCGCAUCUUUCCUUGUCACUACGCUGGAUGAUCCGUCCUUGUUCUGAAACGAGGUGCUCCAUAUUUUAAAAAUUUCAGACUGAAAAUAAUCUGGAGCUGGUACAGUGCAGAGAGAAACACUUGAUCAAAUGUGCCAAUUUUUGUCAUUUACCAUUACAUUUACAGUAUCUUGGUUUGAAUCAACAUGAUCAGCAGACAUUUCUGUUUCCAAACCAUCCAUGUCUUUUACUUGUAUUUUCACUCCAAUCUUUUCCAUUUUCUCCACAAUUUUCUAUAAAGAAUGCAUGCGGCUGAUUUUGGGAGAAUCAGUAUCAAUGGUAGACUGAGGAAAUUCUUUUGAUGAACCCAGACCAUGGUCAUUAUUUGGUUUCUGGACAUAUCGAAGCAUAUUCUGUUAGUAAUUUUGGUUCUUCAAGGAAUUGUCUUUUUUUGCUUUUCACUGCUUGCAGCCAUUUGGACGUUUAGAUUUUUGCAUGCUGUUUAACACCCUGAACAAUAAAAUGAUUUAAUUUUGUCAUGUUCAAGACAACAAACAAAAUAGCUACUGACGACAGUUCAAAAACAAUAGUCGGAGCACUGUCCAAAAUACAAUAAAGAAAGGUAGCAGGUAAAACUCAGCAGUCUAUAUUAUAAUCGUGAUCAAAUGUUAUUUAUGCCUUCAAAAAAACGUUUAUUUAUUUAAAUUUAAAUAAAUAAGAAUUAAUCAUUAAAAGAUUGAAAAUUGUAACCUAAAACUAGGGGCAUCUCAUUUCUGAUGCAUCAACCUUGAACUUUUAAGAUUGGUUACAUUUGUGAAAAAUAUAUGUGUGAUCGCUUAUCUUUUUAUGAAUCUCGGUUAGACCGAACAGUGAAUUCUGUAAAUAUGCAAUUUUUUAAUUGGGUGUCACCCUUAAAAUGGUGUCAUCCAUGUGCGUUCAGCACUCCGUAGCUACGCCACUGAUUUAAACUAGUUCCCACGUGAAGGCGGAAAUCCAUGGCUCGUUCGGAAUGGAAGGAUGUGGUGGAGCAGGCCAGGGCCUUACUUGGACUGUAGCGCCACUGAUGAUGACAAUAUCAAUAGAAAGGACUUUUGCAGAAGAGGUGUAUAUGUAAAUAAUUCAGGAUUCUGCUUGAUAGAAAGUUAACAAUAAACAGUUAAUCAUUAGAUUAUCUUAACAAUUUGAUUACAUUAGUCAUUACAGUAUAUUUUUACAUCAUUAACAAAAAUUCUAAGAAGGCUAGACAACCAUACUUAUCUCGAAAUCAACUAUUAAAUUGGUCUACACAAAAAAACAAUAAAAAAACAACAUUUUAAAUAUUUUUUUUAAGAAUGUGUGUUUAUGUAGUUAGGCUUUUUGUGAAUUAUAGUAAAUAUAAAAUGACCAAUUCAUGACUCAGAUUUAUAAUUUAAAAUACAAAAUGUGGUUUCUGUAAAAAUUAGAAAAAAAUAGAUGACUGUGCAACAUUUUUUGAUUUAAUGGGUGGCACUUCAUGUUCUUUCCCAUAACACAAAAUUGCUAGGGCCGCCAUUGGUUUCAAGGUCAGAAAUACUUUGAUUUCGAAGACCAGGGAAAAAGAUAUGUUUAACAUAAAAUACAAAUUAAUAAGUAGAGUACCUUCGAUAACACGAUAUACUUUAUAACUGCUAUUGCGAAGUCAUAAUAUCAAACAAUUAAAUUCGAUCUGAUUUAUUUUAUAUCUUUAACAUUAAUUCAUAGAUGACAAUAUGAAUAAAUUAUGUCUAAUGAUACUAUCUCAUUUUCUAAUUACAGUAGAAGUCAUUUGUUAAUAAAAAUAGAAUUAAUUUUGAAAUAUUAAAUACACUCUAAAAAAAGAAACACAUUUUUAGGCUUCCGGGAUAAAAGUGAUUAUGAAUUUAAUAAUAAAAGAAUAUCAUAACUUUCAAAUUCCGAUAAAAUACGUGAAGAAGUUCUUUAAUUGGUAUUUUAAAAGUGUUCCAAAUUUUAAAAAAUGAUACUUUAGCAAUUACUUGAAUAUACGAAAAUAUAUUUUUGAUCAGGUUACAAUUGCUUCGAUUUCCAUUUAAAAAAAAUUACUUUCAUUGUUUUUAAUCAUCAGAAAAUAUAUUGUUUUCGAUUUUUAGCAUUAUGUCAGAUACCUCAGCUCACUUUUAUGUAUACAUUCUUGUUAUUAUAUUAAACGUAUUUUAAUAACUAUACUUUUCAAAAUCAUAGUAAUUGCGACUUAUUCAUUGAGCUAAUUAAUGUCAAAGGGGGAUUUAGUAAACAAAUAACAUAUGAAUAAAACUGUUUGACAGGUAGUUAGUAUCAGCCUCCUUUGUUUGGCGCUGUCGUAAAUAAAAAUAGAUUUUCAUUUUUUAUUUUUUAUAAUAAUGCUAGGUCAUUUGUUAGGAAAGGGUGAUACUUAAAAUGACCCGUUUUGCAAACAUCAUGAAUUUCAGAAUAACAGAAAGGAUAAAGAUGAAUAAUGUUAUCCGUGUAGAACAGAAUUAGAAUGAAUUUUAUUUUAAGACAGUUAUUUAAGGUCUUCUCAAACAGGAGCUUUUUAUAAUUAACAGUGUAUAUUAACAUGAAAAUUUAUAGGAGAAAGGGACACACAUCUUUUGAAAUACCUGACCUGCAAAAUUGCCAAGACCUGCCAAGGAUGAAUGAAUUUGCCCAAACUCAACUUGAAUGAAACUUGUAUAAUUAUAUUAUUUGAUUAACUUAUGUUUUUUUGUUUUUUUUUAAAUUUUUUGUGACGCUAUUGUAAAAUAGUAGAGGGAGACGGAGAGUGCGAGAGAAAUAGAGAAAAAAAUGGGGAGUACUCUAUUUGGAAAAUUGAAAAAAAGGUUGCAUUAUCAUCAAAUAAAUUUAAAGAACGUAAUAUUGCUUGCGAGGAAGAUUGUGAUGAGUGUAAGAGUACCUGUACGGACAAAGAGAUAGAAAGACAGAAAAAUGGAAUAAGAGAAAUGACAGAGAGAGAGAGAGAGAGAGAGAGAGAGAGAGAGAGAGAGGGAGAGAGAGGGAGAGAGAAAGAGAGACUGAGAUUUUAUUGCAAAGAUAAUAUUUCAGGCGGCCCUUUUAAAAGAAUUGCAAAUAUUGAAAGGUCUCAGUCAUCCUAGAAUUGUCCAGUUUUAUGGCUUUUGUGAAGCUGAUGAUGUUCUGUCUUUGUUUAUGGAGCGGAUAAAAGGGGUAGGACCAAAUGUUUUCCUUUAGCUAAAUCGUAAUGUUUUAAUAAGGUAAUUUGAUAGUCAUUUAACAAACUUACACGAUAAAGCGCGAUUAUUUGUUAAAAUUCGUAUUGACAUACAGUAAUAUAAGUAUUGUAAUUACAGAGAAAGUUCUUCUUGUAUCUAUUAUAAGUCAAUAAAAAUAGGUAGUUUUGUAAUUUUUAUUUUUACCUUCCCUUCUAGUUUGAUUUUUUUUUUACUUUUAAAAUAUAUUUGAACGUUUUAUUAUAAUUAUAACAAAUUUUGAAUGGUAAUUUUCCCACACAGGGUUCACUGGACAAAUACUUGAAAUAUGAAUCAAAGAAACCUUUGGGUUCAAGUUCUAUAAGAUAUAUCUUAAAACAGAUGCUUGAGGGCGUGUCCUAUUUACACUCAAAAAGAAUACUCCACAGGGACAUAAAAAGUAAACAUUUCAUGUAGUUUGCAUUCGUAGCUCUAUUUUUGUCGUAUCUAGUGCAUAAACCCAUGAGCAGCAUUCAAAUCCCUUGGGGUUAACUAAUAAUCUUUGGUUCCCACAAGGUAUUUGGUGCUCACCUGUGGCUUAAAGUCGCUCUAUUAUUCAUAGAGGCCACACCAUGUAAAACGGCUUACGCAAGCUGGCAAAACCAGGUAGUGGGUAGCCAAACAAUUUAAAGACUUUGGUGAAGAGAACGAAACUUCCCCAACCCCAAAUAUAAGGACUGUAUCGGAAGGAUUGCACGGAGGACAUACUAGUUAGUCAACAGGUAGCAGAGAGAAGACGGUAAAUUGAUUAGAAUCGAUCAGUGCAUAACCUAGUAUUUCUACAGUGUAAGGUUGUAUUUUUUGGCAAUAAGCUUCGUCAGUAUUUUGUGUGUAAUUUUGAAUAAGGAGAUUCCUCUGUAGUUUAUGCACUGAAGUUUGGAUCUUUUCUUGUGUAUUGGGGUAAUUAAUGCUGUUUCCCAAUUCUGUUGGGAUUUUCUCUUCCUGCCAAAUUUAGUUAAAUCUCCAUUGUGGCUCUCACACAUUUGCGGUCUGGCUUGGUAUCCAUUCUUUUCAUCUUUUUUUAUCUUCAUUUACAUUUCUCUUAUAUUUCCCUCUCUUGAUAAAUCUUCUAUUUCCUUUAGUUUAUCCUUUUCCCAUUCCCUCUUUUUCUUCCUACUAAUUUUUGUUGCUUUCCUUCUGGCUUCCUUGUAUGUUUGUGCUGUGUUUCUGGUUUCCCUUUGUAACAUGAUCAUUCGUGCUUUGUUUCUUUCUUCCACAGUCUCUCUACACUUACUGUCGUACCAGUCUACUCUAUUGCUGGCCUGCAGAAAUCGCACUACUUUUUCCGCUGAUCUUUUAUUGGCAUUUUUAUCCUAUCCAACUGAUCAUUUAUGUUGUUUUCCCUGUUUACUUCCUCCUGCUAUGCUUCUAAUUGUGCUUCUACUUCAUUCUGUUAACUUUUGCAGUCAAUGGGUUUUUGGGCAGCCUUUGGUAAUCGUAUAGUUUCUCGCUUUAAGUGAUAGCGCAAAUCAAUUUAAUUUAAACAUCAAUAUAUCCUAGUCUUUACAGCAUUUACAAAGUAUUUCGGCGAUAGGUAGGCGGCGAAGCGGCAAGUGUGGGUACCCAAGCAGCAGUUGUUGAAUACCUGAAAAUAGGCAGCUCAGGACAUUGGGUCAUUCCUUACUGUAAAGGAUCAGUAGGGGUUAACGCAGUCACCUGAACUACUAAGCAGCCCGCUUAAGAAACACACUGCUUCCCGCUAUGGCAUGAGGAAAUUGCUCGAAAACAUUCCCUACUCAAUGGCUGAUCCAUCCUUCCCUAUCCAUCCUACCACAAUAGGAGGAGAUAUAGUCAGGACAAGAGCGACGUGGAUAGACCACAGAGGAGAACAGUUUUAUAGGAAAUGUGUUAGCAAAGUAAAAAGUAGAUAUUGCUGUCUUUAGCGAGAUCAAGUUUGCAGGAAACGGCUAUCUGCGAUAAUGGUUCUCGAUAUAAACACUUUAAAAUAAGGCUGCACUGAUUAGCAUUGUCAAGCAUUGUGGGUGAACUUCCAUGCCAAUUCAAAAUUAUGAUAGUUAAAAUGAAACUGCCUCUAUUAAUUUUGAAGACCUCCCCCCCCCCCGUCCAAAAAAAAAUAAAAUAAAUAAUAGCUGAUUUUCUCCAGCAACAAACAACAAAGAUGAAGAAAAGGCAAAGAUCUAUGAGGAUUUUAACUCAGUCACAUGAACUUCCAUGCCAAUUCAAAAUUAUGAUAGUUAAAAUGAAACUGCCUCUAUUAAUUUUGAAGACCUCCCCCCCCCCCCGUCCAAAAAAAAAUAAAAUAAAUAAUAGCUGAUUUUCUCCAGCAACAAACAACAUAGAUGAAGUAAAGGCAAAGAUCUAUGAGGAUUUUAACUCAGUCACAGCUGCAUUCUGAAGCAAUAAAAGCUAAUAAUGUUUAUUGGUGUAAAUGUCCAAGUGUGCCGUGAUCACAUCGCUUGGGAUGGGGUACCAGGAAAGCAUGGAAUGAGUCACUUCAAUAGUUGUGUUUUUUUUUCUGAAGACUUGCGAUGAUUGAAAACUGCUUGUAAUUAAUACAGUCUUUCGUCUUGCCAUCGAAAUCGCAUAUGCAGUAGGCUCCCUUGCUUAAAACAUUGGCAUCUCAUUAUCCAUAAUUUCAUAAAGACAAAUAACUGUCAAUAUGUGCGUUUAACGAGGGUUAAAGACUCUAUGACAGAACAAACUCUUAUCCCCACCAAUCUCAACCUUCUCUUAAGACCCAAAAGACGACAACAAUAGGAAAAAGAUCCCUAAACGUCUGAAAACAACAAAGUUGAAGAACCAGAGGAUAAAACAACUCAUUGUGGAUGCACUUAAUAACAUCUGAAAUGCACAUCUCUAAAAAAUCCCAAUGCUGAAUCGGACAGGACAUCACUUUAAGCAAUUUGGUAUAACAUUCUCUUUAGUUUCUGCAACCAAGCUCACAAAAUAUAAUCAGGACUGUUUUGAUGUAUACUUUAAGGUAAUCAAGCUGCUGCUGUAAAAACAGAACAUUCCUAAUAACCCUUAUCAUAGCCACCCGAAUUCAAUUACCAGGAAAGAAACCUACAACAACAUAAGAAUAACGGAGCAGGAAAAAUUUCGUUAAAGCAGGAUAGACGGUUGCGUGACAAGGCUGACGCAAUCCAUGGCUUCAGUGAGAGAAACGUUCUGAAAAAUGUCUACUCUUCUUUAACAGACAUCUAAGGCGGCCCCACUUGAUCAGGACCAUCCCCACUGCUGACAACUGAUGACGAAUCUCUGGUUAAUGAGGAAAAAACAAUUAGUUAACUCUGGGCCGAGAAUUUAAGAGCUUUGUUAAUAAGCCUUCAUCUGUCAAUGACGAGCAAUAAUUUGAAUUUGAAGUGCCUUUCCCACAAGAAAUGGAAGUCCCCCCUCACCCUUGAUAAGCCGCAACAAGCGAUAUGCCUUCUCUCGAGUUACAAAGCUCAUUUGAUGAAUCCAUCAUAGCAGAAAUUGACAAGGAUUGAAGCACAACUCUAACUGAAAUGCAUCACUAGCUGUUUCUGCUUAUGUGACAGCAAGAGAAAAUACCAAAGGGUUAUAAGGAGUUAUCUAUUGUACACUUGAGCAACAUUAAAGAGAACAUCAAUCCUGUGAAAACUACCACGUAUUUCUCUGUUCUCCAUUGCAGGCAAGAUACUCACUAGAAGCCUCAUAAGCCAUCUCCAUGCGCAUAUUGAGCAAGGUCUCCAGCCGUUAAGUCUAUGCGGUCAUUGCAAAGCGUGCAGAAAUAUCUUUAUGGUGUUUGUUACCAGUCUGCUUCUGGAAAAGUGCCUGGAAAAACAUGUUGUCUUACUCUCCAUCCAUGUUGCCCCAACCAAGACAUUUGACACUGUCAGCAGAGAAGGUUUCUGGAAGAUUAUGGGCAAAUAUGGAUGCCCCAGAAAUUGUGUUUUAAUCGUGGAGUAAUUACACGGUAUAAUGCUGGUUAGGAUACGGGAAAAUAGAGAGAUGUCUUGAAAAUUCCCUUUGUCUAAUAAAGUUUAAAAAAAGGCUGCACCAUUGCUAAAAAUCAUCUCAUGCUCUCCACCAUGUUGUCUGAUGCUUUGAGAUAGGGAUAUAUUGGGAUCGGAAUCAAAUACCAAACUGUUUGUAACACAUUAAACCACAUAAGACUUAACACUAAAUUCAAUUCUGGAGACACAUCGGGAACUUUCUAAAUACCGACUUUUAAUCCCUUAACGCUGAAUCAGAUCUCAAUAUGCAGGGCAGUGUUGCAAAAUUCUCAGAUGCAUAAACAAACCUCUAAUUUAUCCACCAGUAUCUGAAAAAAACGUAUCCACUGGUUUCAAAAGGAAGAGAAAACGUAUCCACUGGUUCGUGAUGUCAUAGAAAACAUAUCCAUCGCCUUGUUAUGCAAUGUAAAACUUAUCCACCAGUUGGUCAUUCACUGGAAAACUUAUCGACUGGUUUAUCAAAAUAAAAAAUUUGCGAAACGUAGCCCUUUCAAUCCAGUAACUGAACCACCAGCAGACCAUCUCGCAAUACUUGAUCGGUAAAAGGGGACAGAAAAAGAAGAUCAGCUAAAAUAUACAUUUUUAACUUUUUGAUGCUUUACUUUAAUUUCUGAUUUGUACAAUCAUUUGAUGUUCUUCAUAAUUUUCUAGUAAGCCAUAUUUCUAAUUGAAGACUAGCAUAUUCUACAUUUUACAACAGUAACUAAUUAAAAUGGGGCUAUGUUUUUCUUACUAAAUGGUAGAUUUCGGAAUUUUAAAAUAUAAGACGCACCUCUUUAUAAGACGAAAGCGUAUAUAAGACGCGGGUUUUUACGAUUUGUCUAAACUAAAAUUACAUAAGACGCACGCUACCUGGCCAUCUGCUGCACUGAGCAAUGUAUAUACCCACAUAUAAGAUGCAACCUGGGUGCAUCGUGCGUAAAACUUUGUAUAAGAUAAGUCCUAUAUUCGCAAAAAUACGGUAAAUAAUAAAUUUCGGAGUUUUAAAUAUAAACAUGUUUGCUUACGAUUACAGUUUUCUUUUAAAAUGCUACAUACAAUACAAAUUCAGGUGACAACAUUUUGAUGGAUGAACAUUUACACAUUAAACUUGCUGACUUUGGUGUGUCUAAAGUUUUUCAAGAAAUUUCGAAAGCGACUACAAAGCAAGUAGGGACCACACGGUGGAUGGCUCCUGAGAUGUUCUACCAAUCCAACGAUUACAGCUACGAAGUUGACAUAUGGUAUUCUUUAUUUACUUUUUUUUAAAAAAUAUUUUUUUACCAUUGGCUAGCAAUGUUCAUUUAAACUAAAACUUAUUUAUAUUUAUAACUUUAUAUUUUUAACUUAUUUAUUUUUAUUAUCAAUCUUUAAAACACAUUUUUAUAAAUGAAUAUUUACACCACAGGGCAAUAGGCUGCACUGUUACUGAAAUGUUGACAAGAAAACGUCCAUUCUAUAAUUUGAAAGAAGAGCAUCAGGUACUUUUUAAAUUGAUGAGCCCUGAUCCAUCACCAGCAUACGAUGUACCAGAAACUUGCCCACCAAAUUUAAGGGAAUUUUUAAAUGAAGUAUUUCAAAAAGAUGGAUCAAAAAGACCCAGUGCGAGAGACCUUUUGCUCGGUAACCCAUUCGUUACAGGUAUAAAAAAUAUGAAUAUCAUAGUUAACUAAUUAUUAAUAAUUAUCAAUACUACAAAAUUAAAAUACUGUAGAACAUUAAUAUUCUAAAAACUAGCACUAAUUUUAUUUAAUAUAAUCAAAGUCUUCCAAUGCGAUCGUUGUCAGAUAAGAAUCUCUGUCGAGUUUCUAAGAGCGAUGUUUUUGUUAUUAUGAAUAAGUCUCGGAGAGGUUAUUGUACGCAUGGAGUCUAAAAGCCGAUUUAAGAAUAAUGGAUGUAAUAUGAUAAACAAGGGCGUGAAAACAAAAGCAGCAUUGAGUCAUUAAGGAAACAUAAACACAUUUAUAUAAUCAUGAAAAUAUUAUUGUAAUAAUUUUUUGACCUGACAAAAGCGUUCGAUUCGUUCAUCGUUAGUGCAGCUAUUGAACUAAUCAUCAUACAUGUUUGAAAUCGCCAUGCAUUAUGUAUGUUGUAGUGUUUCCUUCAUAUAUAUAAUUCCCUUAAAAUGUCAUGCCUUUUUUAGUUGAAAACAAUAAUAUAACAUGUAUAAUGUAAUAAUCAUAAUAUUUAAAAAAAAUAUUUUUAUUGAAAUUAAAAUUGAAAAGGAGUUGCUUGUCACACUAUGACAAUCAAUAUUAAAAAAAAAAGAAGAAAAUCCAUUAUGAUUAUAUUUAAAUUGGAAACAUUAUAAUUCAAGAAAUAAAUGUCAUGGAUGUUAAAUCUAAACUGAAUAAAUUAACUAAUGAAUGAACACAACAAAUUUAUGUUAUUUAUAACUUUAAAUCUGAUAAAAUAAAAUAAAAAUUAAGUAUUAGAAAGUUUAGUUACCUUUUUCAAAAAAUAUAUAAAAAUACCAGUAUAGUUUUUGCACACACUAAAAUGGCCUCAAAUCAAGUAUGUUGAGAGACCUUGUACUUAUUUUUUCUUAAUGCCCGAUUUAAAUCGUUCGCAUCUUUUAAAAAGAAUAUCAACCAAUCCCAUGCAACCUUAAAUUAAAAUUUCACGUUCCUGCGCUAAAUAGUUUCUUUCAUAUUGAUUAUUACGUUCGUUUCUUUUCUUUUUCUUUUUUGUUUUGGUAAAAAUUAUGUUAUUUAGAAUUUAUUCUACUUCCUUACUACCGAAAUUAUUAUUAGUAUUAUUAUUAUUAUUUUAUAAAAUAGUGAGGAGUGAUCGAUAAAGAAACUAAUCAUGGCUAAGCUGAAAUAUUUUGAAGAAGAAAAGGGUUUGAAAAAGUAAUAAAUUUUACGUAAUUAGCUUGACAUUUAUAUAUAUAAAUAUAUUUAUAUAUAUAUAAAAUAUAAAUUGAAUCAUUAAUAAAAUAUACAGUUGACUUUUAUUUGUCUUUUGUAAAUUAAAAUAUAAAAUAAUAACGAUUACUUGGGUUUAGAUUGGUUUUGGGUCUUUUUUUUUUCUAAUGUGAUAAUAAAAAUCCCAGUUUUCUUAAUAACAUUCUGUGUUGGAUAAAAUCAUGGCUACUCUUUCACAAACAGAAGAUGACUGUGAUGAGACACUAAUGAAAAAGGUGAGAGUAAGUUAGGAGCAUGUAUCUUUUCGUGGUAGAGUGCUUGAUAACUUCCAACUCUACGUUCAGGUUAGAUUUCAAAAAUUAAUAAUAUUAUUUUUAUACAAGUUUAAAAAAUGCAUAUUUUCUAGAGUUAAAGUGCACCAAAUACGAAGAAGAAGGACGUGAUUCAUAUGGAGAUAUUCAUGGCAGUCGUUUUCAUGCUCUAUCAUCGAUUUAAUGUACAUCAUACAACAUCUUAAUGUACAUCACACAACAUCUUAAUGAACAUCACACAACAUCUUAAUGUACAUCAUACAAAGAUGUACAUCAUACAACAUCUUAAUGUACAUCAUACAACAUCUUAAUGUACACCAUACAACAUCUUAAUGUACAUCACACACCAUCUUAAUUUACAUCACACAACAUCUUAAUGUUGACCCAACAAAUCUGACUGAAGUGUGUAUGUGAAGUAAUAAGUCAAUGACAAUUAUGCUUUCUCCAGUUUCAGGAGAUUUAUUUUAUACCGUAGAUAUUCUGUUAAUAAACGUUUGAUGCGAGAUUCAAAUCCCUUGUGCUUUCAAGCUUCAUGCAUGAUUGUGUUUGUAGAUAAUUAAGGCAAAUAUUACAACAUAAUAAUACUUCAACUCUACAAGAAAAAAACUUUGUUACAAAGUAUAUUAAAGUUAUAGACCUUUGAAUGGAUGUAAAUUUAGUUUAAUACAUUGUUUUUAAAGUCUUUAAGCUUGUGAAAUUGCCUAAAAUAAAAAUGUUAACAAUACAGAUAUAUUCCAGCUGCUGGAAAAAGGGACUUCAGCCGAUAAUCAUGAGCGGCCAAUUUAAGAACUGGGCGAUAUCUAUAAUAAAAUUGUGUUAGCCUCUAACAAGAUUAGCCUUAAUAGAUCGUUAAACGUAUCGAGCUUCGCGAUAUUUCAUACGUUCCACUAAUUCUAAUCGGUUAAAUGCACCUGUUAAUAUUCUUUCUAAAAUUAGAUAAAAAUGACCGCAUUUUUCUUUAUAAAGUAUAAUUUCGUUUUAUUGUUUUACACAUUAAUUGCCUCCGAGGGAGGCAGUUGACUUUCUACGAGUGCUAACCCCCCCCCCUCCCCCCGAAAAAAAAUCAUGGAGAUACAUGGAAAAAAAAAAACACUUGACUUGAACAGUCAGCAUGGUCUCCAAACAAGACGUAAUUGAAUCAUUGGCGUGUCAAUAAAGAGAAUCUCAAAAUGUCUCAUAACAUAGCAUCUUUUUGCUAAAAUUAUGUUUCCGUCAUUUGUUGUGUAUUUCCAAUUAAAUUAUAAAUAUUGUUUAAUGCUUUUGAAUUUUAAAAUUUUGAAACAAUCUUAACGGAUAUAACAAUUAAAGCUUAAAUAGGCUAAUACAAAGUAAUACCUUUUCUAGUCCUAGAGCAUUGAAGGAAUUCAGAUUAAAUCUUUUCUGAUAGCUUAAGUUAGAUUUUAAAAAAGUACAAUUAUUAAUGUUAUUUUUCUUGUGAGCAUAAUUGCUGCAAGCGAAUAUAUUUUGUAGUAAGAGUUUAAAACUACUUUCCAAAAGCUUGUUUAUUUUUUAUAGAAUUUUCAGAUUUAUGCGUGGGUUGCCGUGUUUAAGUCAUAAAGUUGAGUUGCAAUAUUUAAGACUUAUUGUUGAGGUGCCAUGUUUAAGACUUAGAGUUGGGUUGCCAUGUUUAACAAUAAAAAAUUUGGGUUGCCGUGGUAAACUAAAAAGAAAUUUUCAAAGGAGUCAUUUGAGGAUUUCAAUAGACGAGUGUUAAUAUUUCAUGUUGAAAUAAAUAUGUUUUUAUCCUAAGGAAAAAUUACCUGCAAAGAGAAAGUCACAGAAAUUGAUGCCAGAAGAUGAACAAGCAAUUAAGAGACAUUGGGUUUGGCUGAUAGAAGAAUUGGAUGCAACUCAUAUUAUUAGUGAUUUAAUUUCUGUUGGAGUUUUUGAUGUAGAAGACAAAUGGCAAAUACUGCGCCAUGCAUCCCGCAAGAAAAGAACAGAAAUCAUGUUACAGAAACUUGUAAGUGCUGGACCAGGGCCAGCCUUUAAACUGUUUUUGGAUGUAUUAGAGAAAAAUCACAGACACAUUGCAGAUAAAUUGAGAGAGUAGUAAAAUACACUUGACAAAAAGUUUUGUGUUAGCAGAAUUUGUAAUAUUGAAGGUACACUAAUAUAACUUGUAUUGAAAUGAUUUAUCUGAUAAGUAAAUUGGAAACAUUUUAUAUUGACUAUUCUAACCACCUGUAUUUGAAUAAGAACUAUUAGAAACGGCCGAAUCUCUUUGUCGGACUGUCCAGUCAAAACAUGACACUUUUUGUCAAACUGGUCCUGUCAAGACAUUGGUCUCUUGGUUGAAGUGGUCUAGUCAAGACAUCAGUCACUUGCUUGAAUGGGUCCAUUCGAGACAUCACUCUCUUGGUUGAAUAUGUCCAGUCAAGACAUCAGUCUCUUGGUUGAAUGGGUCCAGUCAAGACAUCAGUCUUUUGGUUGAAUAGGUCCAGUCAAGACAUCAGUCUCUUGGUUGAAUAGGUC